CAUCAAUAUUUUAAAUAGUUAGUUUCUCUUAUUAUAUUUUUAUUAAAACAACCACAGCAGGCUGAUCUAAUAGUCUGUUUUUCUUUAACUUGAAGAAAAGAUAAACAAGUAGCUUCUCGCUGGAAUGCGUUCAAACUAGAAAGAUUUUAAAAUCCGCAAUGUCGGAAGCGACAUCUCAGCCGCCGCGGCAAAGAGUGCCCAAAGAUGGACCCGGUCCCAGGGGAGCGCCGGACUGCUAUUAUACUUCCCGAGUGCUAAACUCGACGUUCCGUUACGCGAAGUUCGUGCGUAGGCUGCGAGCUGAGGAAGAGGAGCAGAGGAAGGGCGAACAGAACAAACUCAAGGAGUUGCACGACAGGCAGACUAGCGACUUCUUCUUACACUGCGAUCGAAAAUCCUACAUAAAUGACGUUGCGCGCAGAGUAGACUUGUGUCUUGCGUCGUAUGAAGAAGAUCUCAAGGCUAAAAGAAGCAGAUUGAUAGAGCUGUUCCAGCGGGAAGAGGAAGCGAACAUCCGCAAGUUCGUCGAGCAAGCUCAGGCGGGCGCGGAAGCCGUGUGGCAGGAUAAGCUCGACCGACUGCAGUACUUGCUCGACAAGCGGAAGAAAGAGCAUGAAGAAAAAUAUAAGGAUACGCCUCUAUCGAAGUGCGUCCACGUGCUUCCUUGCAUUUACAAAUUGCGUGCGAAGGAAGCUGAAGAGAUCCAGCUGUACCAGAUCAGAGAGAAGGCGGCGAGGAAGAUGGCAGAGAAGGAGUUCGACAAGAUGUGGCAUGAAGUUGCUAUGAAGGAGUCUGAAGCUUUGACAGCUCGUAUGGAGCAAGACACGAUAGAGAGACUCCGUCGCGACCAGGAAUGCAUCAAAUACUCUGACUACAUGUUGGAGCAGAGACGCAUACAGCGCGAGAAAGAGAGGGAGAUGCUCAUAGAAGAGACAAAAAGAUUCAAAGCCCUAUGGGACGCAGAAAAUAAGAAAGAAGAAGAAGCUGAACGUCAACGCUUAGAACAAAGCAAAGAAACGGCGCUAGAUCGCAAGCGAAUGUUGCAAGAAAAGCAAGAGAUUGUAGCCAAACAACAACAGGAGGCGAAACUAAUCUCUGACACUUGGGCCUCGCUGGCGGGACAGGGCCUCGCUGAUGAAAAGGCACAGAUUAUGCUCCGGAGACAAAAAGAGAUGGAACUUGAUGAAUGCAACAGAAAGAUGAUAGAAUUGAAGCAGGAAUUCGCGGAUAUGGAGAAGGCGGUGGAAGGACCAAUGGCCGAAGAGGCGCGACAAAGACAGGAGAUGUUAGACAAGAAGCGCUGCGAGUACCUCGGCUGGGCACAAAGAACCAACAGGGAAGUCCGUCAAGCGAUGAUAGACCAGAUCAAAGACCGGCAGCACGCGCGGGAAGUGCUGCAACAGAAGAUGAAGGAACAGGACGAGUACCAGAGACAAGUGUUCUCACAGCUCAACCAGCUCAGCCAGCAUAAGGAGCUCACUGAUGCGCAGGCCAGGAAGAAGCAUCAGCAGGCUCUGGUGGAACAGAUCGAGUACAACAAGCUAUUGAAAGAGCGUGCACGUCAAGAAGAGUUGGAUCAAAUAAAGAAAUGCCAACUAGCUACCGAGGAAUACCAGAACGAGAUUGGCAGAAUGCUCUGCAGACCAUUCUUCAGCGAAGAGAUUCACCCGUUCAUGAAGCAAAUGGCGAAAGGCUUGGAGAUGAGAGAGAAGUGCCCGUGUUCUCAGCCGGACUAUUGCAAAUAAAUAAUUGCUUAGUUAAAUAGUUCCUAUACUCUUGUCUUUUCUUUGUGUUGUCAUAAAAUUUUUAGUCAAUAAAGAGAUUAAAGC